AUGGGAAAUAUUUGUUCUUGUUUGCAAAAAGAUAUUCCAAAAUAUAUUAUCUCAGUUGUAGGAUUGGAAGAAGAUAUUAAGAAUGUACUUGUUCAUAUUGUAUCGGGGUUUGAUAAAGAAAUAAAGCUUACUAAGUUUUCUGAAUAUGUUAUUACUUUUUAUGACAUAGAAUUAAUCAUUCAUGCUCAUAUUAUUACUCCAAUGAUAAAAACUCUUAUUGGAUUGCAUUCUUCUGUUGAAUCAGCAGUUAUUUACUCUAUGGAUGCGGAUAGUAAAGAAUCGAUUGGUGCAAUACGAGAAUAUGUUGAGGAAUCUGAAGUAAGAACUAAAAAUGAUAUUGUUACAGUUCUUUGUAGAGGAUCAUACCUUGAUAAUCCUGAACUAGAUACUGUUAAGCAAAUGUUUACUGGAAAUAUCCACGACCACUUUGAAUUUGUCAAAUUUAAUAAUGAAGAGACUGAUAUUUAUGUUAAGCAAACAUUUGAGAGGAUAUAUAAAAUAUUAGUAGGAAGGAUAGUAAAUUAA